UUAAAGCGAGCCAACAUCGCAGCAACAGUUACUAGAAAAUAAACCACAAACCGGGAGUGUUAGAAGAAUCCUAAAGGUCCGACAAAUUGAAAAAUACAUUUCGUCAAAUUUUCCGUUUCAGGUUAUUUAUUUUAAAUUAUUUUUGUCCAACUCUUACAGUCACCAGACUAGAGUGAUUUUCCUUUGUCAAACAAAUAUAAAUUGCAUCAGUAACUUGAAUAAUGUCGUGUGACCAUAGCGGCGAGCCAACUUCGAUCGAUAAAGUCUGUCAAAUAAACUGUAACAUUGGAUCUACAAACUCCGAAGAUGGUAUUCGGAAGCAGUCGCUCUCCCCGGAUUAUACAUUAUCCCCGAAAAGGGACGGCAGUGCGACAGGAGCAAAGCCAAAACGCAAAUCACGUGGGGCACGAAGACGUCUAAACGCCAUGAUGAGUAACGUCUCGUUGCACUUCUCAGAUACUGAUUCCGAGGAUGAGCUAUCGGUGGUGAAGACCAAAGUGCGACAUCGCAGUCCAUCAUCGAGAGCUGUGAAUGGGGAGGAUGAGGGUAUAGCGCCUCCUCCUGUGAUCCAAGUGACGUUAGAGACGGCUGAAAGUGAGCCUGGUGAUUCUCACUGGGACGGAAUGGGCAUGAUAACGCCAAACAGCGACCGGAGAAGCAGUUUUGGGGAGGCGCUCACCGACGUCGAUGAAAUCUACUUGGACGAUCCGAAAUCGGAUAGCAAAGGCCUGAGCAUUCCUGAUCAAAGCCCUCAGGGAGAGACGGACGUGGAGGACAUGUCGAAUGAUGAGGAAGAAACCGAAGAGUCUAUCUUCAUCUUACCUCCCCAACUUGACAUUCUGAGGGAAUUUGGAGGGGGCACCAUCACCACUAAAGAGGGUGAUGGACCCUUCUCCGUCGAAGUGAGGAAUCAAAUGUCCUUCGACGAAGGAGACGAGCCCCGUCAAUGGGGCAAGAUGGAGCCAUUUCCCAAAGGACCUGACACUGACUCGGAAAACGUCGAUGUUUCGGAUGAGGAACCCGAGCUCGAGGGCGCCUGUUCCCAAAGAGACCUCAUGGAUUUCGAUCUUCUCGCUGCUUCCCAAAUCUUCAUGAAAAACGUCAACAAGACGGAGAAUGUACUCACCGUUCCCGAUCCCUAUGAAGACGGCAUUAGCGACAGUCAUACUGAUAUCGAAGACAUAGACUAAUUGUUGUUGUUGUUGUUGUUGUUGUUCGCCUAACUAAUGACAUUUUUAAUGAUUCAUUUAAUAACGCCGAUGAAACUCGCUAUAUUGAGGAUUCCUACCUAUUCAAAUCAUUGUUUUUUCUGGCAUUUUUACUCAUUAUUACCAGAGUUUUAAAAACAAUUUUGUGACUUUCUUUUUGCACCAUACGUUCGUUUGCUUUAGGGUGAAUGUUUGUACGUUACGAAAACUUGCAUGUUCUGUCAUCAUAUCACAUCACAUCGUUAAUUUGAUGAUAUAAGAUCAAUUAUUAACUUACUACGGCUUCAUUAAAGAGAGCAUAAUUUGUAUAAUGUACGUCUUUCAUAGAAUCACUUUCGAUGUGCUUUGAAACAUGAUUCUUUUAAUGUUAAUUGCAGACAGAAAUGCCGUCCUCAACAUUAUCAUUGGCAACCCAAUGGGAUAUUAAAUCAAAAUGCUUGAAUAAAUCGUCCACGAUUCAGAUUUAACUACUCUUAACACAAAUAUUACAGAAAUAUUCUGUAAGAAAUUGAAAAAAUAACAAUUAGAUUCAACUCAAUGAUUAUUAAUUGUACAAAUUAAAGCAUUUAAGACAGCGGAAACAAACAAAUAACUUGACAACUAAUUAACUAAUUAACUCUAGAAUAUUCUGUCAAAUAAAAAGAAGCUAAAAGUUGAUAAAAGUCUAUUGUAACUCAAUGUACCACACGAGAGAAAUUAAAGAGAAGAAAAACGAAAAAAACAAUACUGACAUAACAUGGUUCUAAUAAACAAAGUAACACGAG